AAAACCUAUCGAUAGCUACCGAUGACAGCCGUGUACCAUCACCACCCAAUCAGCUGUUACACCUGCUUUUCGCCGCCUGCUAGUUUGUAAAUAUCUGGAGUAAAUGCUAAAAUUUACCUGAAAGACGCCUUUUAAAUAAUACGAUUGGAACACUGAGAGCCAGUACGGUGUUGCGUAAUUUAAGCGACACGUUUUUUGAGACCCCAAAUUGAGCUGUACACAUAGAGUGCCGGAGAUUUACGUACGAAAAGCAGGGAGCACAAGAAACCGACGCCAUGGCCAAGUAUAUCGCCCAGAUUAUCGUGUUGGGCGCCCAGGCAGUGGGAAGAGCCUUCACCAAGGCGCUGCGCCAGGAGAUCGCCGCAUCCCAAGAAGCGGCACGACGAGCUGGUGGCGGCAAGCAGGGCGACAAGAGCGCCGAGUCCAACCUGCGCACAGGCAUGACGCUGGAGGAAGCCAAGCAGAUCCUGAAUAUAGAUGACCCCAAGAACGUUGACGCCAUAAUCAAGAACUACGAGCAUCUGUUUCAAGUGAACGAACGCUCCAAAGGCGGCUCCUUCUAUAUCCAGUCAAAGGUUUUCCGGGCGAAAGAGCGGCUGGACCGUGAGAUUAAGGCCCAGGAGCAGCCGAGGUCGUCGAAGACGGAAGCAGCGCAAGAGGCGGAGGAGGAGUCCCAAAGCAGAGCGCGGCAGCGGCGCUGAGUAUCAUUGUUGCCUCCAAUCGAACUAUUUAGCUGAUAAUUGAUUUAAAAACUACGUGUUAAGUACAAAAACUAAAGUCUGUUGAUGUAAAUAGAGAUUUACAAACAAGAAGUCAGCUGUAAUCACUUUGUUAGCUAAAGCCCAGUGUACCGGGCAUAAACAUGUAAUCGAAUUCUUUUAGAUUAACACGGACUUGCUCAGAUGGUUAGGUAUAAAUAUUUUACCCUUAAAUAAAAGCUAACUAAAAUUCGAUAAA